AUGGCUGCUGCUGUCGUGCCGCGGAGGACGGCAAAAGUGUUGGUUUGCAUCGCCCUCUCCGGCCUUGUAAUUUGUAAGUUUUGGGGAAUAGGCGACGCAAAAUGUGCGGUGAACUUGUGGCGCCGGAUUUUGUUGCAAACCCAGAAAAAUUUUCUUCAGAAAAAUGCACUGUGCAAGUCAUGUUUUGGGUUGAAACUGCACCGUGCAAAUUUUUGGGACAUUUUCAGUCGCACUGUGCAAAUUCUGAGGACUGUUUCAGCCGCACUGUGCAAAUUCUGGGGACUUUUUCAGCCGCACUGUGCAAAUUCUGAGGACUUUUUCAGUCGCACUGUGCAAAUUUUGAAGACUUUUUCAGCCGCACUGUGCAAUUUCUGAUGAGUUUUUCACCCGCACCGUGCAAAUUCUGAUGACUUUUUCAGCCGCACUGUGAAAAUUCUGAGGACUUUUUCAGCCGCACUGUGCAAAUUUUUGGGACAUUUUCAGUCGCACCGUGCAAAUUCUGAGGACUUUUUCAGCCGCACCGUGCAAAUUCUGAGGAUUUUUUUGAUGAGAUCUUGGUUUGAGUUGCCCAAAAAGGGAUGUAAAACUGCAUUUUUAAGAGCAAGUUAAACAUUUAGGGCCUUUUUGGGAUAGACUAAAUCAUCUAAAGUCAUCAAAAAAGCCUAGCUACAAGUCAAGUCAAAGCUCGGGCGCAGCUUGAAAAAAAUUUUUUAUAGGGUAUAUACUGUUUCGCCCAAUUUUAGACCUUUACUUUUCCUUCCGAUCUCCGUACUCUCCAAAAUAUCCCAAUUUCUCCGCCAACUUCCUCGAUCGCGAAUUUCAAUAUUCGCUGGACCCUCCAGACGUCCGAUUUUGCGACCAAAUUUCUGACAAUAUCACAGUUGUGGCCCUUAUCAUUACAGCGCCGGCAAAUUUUGAGAAGCGAAAUGAUGCCAGAAACACGUGGAUGUAUGAUAAAGUAGGCCGAUUUUAAUGUUAAAAAGUUGAGAAAAUUGCGACAUUUUUUCCAAAUUUUUACCAUGACUAGUCUCAUAAUGAUUUCUACCGUAAAGAGUAAUAUUUCCACAAAAAAAUGGAAAAAGUUCCUUAUUUUGGCCACAACAAAGGUACUCCGCGAAGUGCGCCCAAGCUUGGGCACUAAAGUUAGGAAAAUACGCUUCGACCUAGCUGGCACUGAAUUACUAUAAUAGCUCUAUAGCUUUAAGGGUACCUACGAAGGCUGUGACGACCCAUUUAGUUCCAUACGGAGGCAAUAAGUUUAGUUCCGGACAAGUUUCAUCGUAUAAAGUGUAAAAUCACAGGCUGCAGCCGUUUUUCAAGGGUAAGGUGGCACGUAAAAAAGAAGUUACCUCACUAACUAAAUCCACUGUCCGGGCAUUGACAACGAUAAACUGAGCGUGCACGCUAAAUUUGGGCUAAUUCCGACCAAUUUCCGCAAAGUUAAAAGUUGUGGCCAGAAUAAGGAACUUUUACCAAAAAAAAUUUUAUUGUAACAUCAAAAGUGGAAAGUUUUUUAGGGCAAUCCAGCCGACAUUCAAGUGCGAUUCAUCGUUGGCCGAACAACAAAUGCUUCGUUGGAGGCGGAGAUUGCGGAAGAACAGAGAAAAUACAAGGAUAUUUUGCGCUACAAUUACCUCGAUACGUCAGUUGCAAGUUUCGACUACAAAAUCGCUCUGUCGGGAAAAUAAUGAGCACCGUGUCGCGUCGAAAAUCGUAUCGCCGCCAAGAAAGUGAAUAGUUUCGUUUCAGGGACGCAAGCGGCGCAGCGACAUUGUGCUCAUUAUUUUCCCGACAGAUGUUAAGGAAAGUGCUCCAAGCGCGAUGCUUAGAUUUUGAUGAAAACUUGGGCAUAUUUAGAAUAGAUUUUUCGCAGACAUUUCCGAGACUCCUAGCUCGCGCUUUGCCGAAACGACGUAGAUUUUUUGGUCGAAAAGAUGGCAUAAAUGCGGCAGUUUUUUGCAAAUUUUAGCAUAAAAAUUUUCAAUUUAUUUCGAGGCAAUGCUUCCGCGAGAAAUUACAUUUUUCCCUGCAAGAAAAGAUAUAGUCAAAAAGUGUUUUUCCCUGUCCGCUCUCCACGAUUUGCGUGCUAUCUCGGCCACAAGGUUUGCUGAGUAAGUAUUUCGGCUGCGGCUCCAAUGCGCGAACUAAAAUUUUGGUAUGUGACCUAUUCCGACGUGUGUGUAAAAUUCAAAGCAAAUUACAGUGACGGACCUGAUCCAGUGGCAAAAAACGUACCAUUGUGCAUCCGGGAAGCAUCAAAAAUGAAGCAAAAUACCUCCCUCUCCAAGUGGAAAAAAAUCCGAUUUAGCGUACCCGCUAUUUCUGUGAGGAAAAGGGCCCUUCGAGUUUUUUUCACUUGGAGAAUGAUGUAUUUUGCUACAUUUUUUGAUACCUCUCGGAUGCAACAUGCCACGUUUUUGCCACUAGAUCAGGCCUGUCUUUGUACAGCGUCGCACUUGGUACCUGUCGCUUAGUUUGAGCUGUUUUAUUUCCGUCAAAUUUUCCAGAAAAAAUGAGUUUUUUUUCAGCUACGACCUCCUUCCCAUCAAAGUGCACGCUGCUUUCAAUUUCUUCCAAACUUUCUGCCCGAGCGUCAAAUAUUUCCUCAAGAUUGACGAUGACGUUGUGGCCGACUUGAAUCGUCUGUCCUACCACAUCAACAAUUCAUUCGACCACAUUAAAAGACGAGACUUCUUUGCAUGUUUUGUGUGGGCAAAGCCGCCUGUAAUACGCCAUAAAACCAGUCGUUUGUAAGUAGAGGUGGCAAUCGGGCCGGGCCGGGCCGAUUUUUGCAGCCCGGCCCGCGGGCCGAAGUGACCAGGCCGGCCCAGGGCUUUUUCAAAUUUGCUCAGGCCCGGCCCGGCCCGGCCCGGUGAAAGCCCAGGCCGGCCCGGCCCGGCCCGGUUUGGCCCGCUAAUACAGAAAAGUUGGAUAAAAGUCUUUGCACUUUCUAUUGGAAGUUGUUAUGCUUUCCAGAAGGUUUUUACGUGUGUCUGCGUGAAAUUAAAAAGUCUAGUCGGAUGACUGGAACAUCCGUAUAUAGGUAGCUAAAACCUAGCCAAAAAGUUGGAUUGUGUUGAAUUUUUUAAUCCUAUAGGAAGUUAGCUAUAUAAAAGUAUGGACGUUAUAAGGUACAUGGUUAACCAAAAACUGUUUAAACACUUUGAUUUACAUCAAGGAAUCAAAAUUACAGUGAAAUUUUUAAAUUUAUCUCAUAGAAAAUUCGAAGAUUUUUGCCCGACCCUUGCAUAUUUGGGUGGGAUUUUACAUAUACAUAAUAAGUUACACAUACAUAUACAUAACUUUAAAAAGUAGUAAAACAGCGUAUAAGUCAAAAAAGGUUUAAUCUAAUUUCCAUCCAUUAUUCUACAAAGCAUUUGUGCUUUAUUUUGCUGGUUUAGCAUUAAAAAUUUUUUACUUAUCUACUUUCCGGGCCGGGCCGGGCCGAAAGUGUCGGCCCGGCCGAUGGGCCGAAGCGGUCAGGCCGGCCCAGGGCUUUUUCAAAUCUGCUCAGGCCCGGCCCAGCCCGAUUGCCACCUCUAUUUGUAAGUUUGUUUUUUUAUCAAUCUGUCGCGAAAAUAAUGAGCACAAUGUCGCCAAUCGUUUCGCUGAAGUGAAGAGCAAUUUUAUUUUUUUUUUCAUUUUCUUCUUUCAUUUUCCCUCUGCGGCGAUGCGAUUUUCGACGCGACAGAGUGCUCAUUAUUUUCCCGACAGACUGAUACCAUUACAAUUCCGUUUUGUUUUACAGUUAUGUAUCAGAAGCCGAGUAUCCGGACAAAAAAUACCCACAUGUGUGCUCGGGGCCGGCGUAUUUGAUGACAAAUGAGGCGGUGUGGAAGAUUUUGAAGACGAUUCCAAGCUUGAAAUUCUUCAAAUUCGAGGAUAUUCUGAUCAGCGGGACGGCCAGGCAAAAGAGCAAUAUCCAGCUGAUCUCAUCGAUGAUUGUGGAUGGGAACUCGGCAACGCAUGUAAGUGGAUCUUGUUAAUGAGUAACAUUAGAUACAGGGCCCUGUACAGGGUGUCUCAUUUGCAAACUGAGUCUACAGGGGCGUUCACAAACGACUCAUUUUUUGCCAAAAUUAAUGACAGAGAUGGAAGAGGCCGGCCGGGCUUCGGAAAUUUCGAAAAAAGGCAGGACCGACGUUUUCUGGGGCCAGAUUUGUUUAGAAAUUUUUUUGUAUUGAAACGGAAAUUUGGAAUGCCAAUUUCGGUUUCUUGGCAUUAUGCAACAAGAGAUAUUUCUGCCUGAAUACAGAUUGAAAAAAAUUUUUGCUGUUCGAAAUGUUGCUGGGAACAACAAAACUCCCUAAAAGCGAGCCAAAAACACAAUGCCAAAACAUUGCCAAAAUGGCGGGAAAAGUCUUGUUCAAAAUUGUUUGAAAAAAUCUUACUAUAUACAGGGUGACCCAAAAUAACGGAGACAAAUUUUGGAAGGGCCCACCGCGAAACACAGGCGUUAUAGAAACACAAGCGACAGUGGGUAAUAUUCCAUAAGACUUUCUCUAUAAUCCACGAAAAUUUGGCGGAGUCGUCAUGUCGCAGGAAAAAGUUACAGCUUAACAAAAAUGCCUUGCGCCAUUUUUUGGCCCUCAAUUUUGGUUCCUUUGUAUUGUGUAGAGCAUGGCUGUACUACAGCUGCAGAAAUGGCAAGUUCAUUUGUUUUGCUAGACUACUACGUCUCUAAGCAAGCAGUUAUGUAGGUUUCUGGGCUACGGUUUUUAUUUCUGCGGUGGUACCAAUCUCAACAUUGAAGAUCGCCAUUUUUUCCAAAUUUUUUCGCUAAAAAAUUCAGUUUUUUUAGAAUAAAGCUAAAACCGCUAGAACGUAUUCUAUUCAUAAAUACAAUAAUUCUGGAAAAAGCUGUGAUUGCUUGCUGGUUGCAACAGAUUUUCCUUGACAAGUUUCUCGCCCAGAACUACCCAUGGCACGCGGCUUUGAGAAAGAUGGGUUAUCGAUAACAAAAUGACAAGAUAGAUAAAAACGGCGCAUUCUGCUCUUGUACACUUAUGAAUACGACUCUUGAGAAUCGGCCUAGGGCACUUUCGGUCUUUAUGUGUGACCGGCUCGACUGGUAUUCCGCCUAAGGCAAAAAUAAAGCACAAUUCUAGUGAUUACCAAAUAACAUUCCGUAGCAGUUACGAAAUGUUUCUCUUUUGGUUCUAUGAUGUUCCUUUAAUCAUGUUCUAGUAACUCAUAUUACAUUUUGCCUUAUCUAACAUUUAAACUCCUUUUUACCGAUACAUUUUCAAAAAAGGCCGAUUUUUGCACUUCAACUCCCUGAAAAUACUCGGCUGUAACUUUUGAACCAUCGAUAGUUGAGCUUAGUAUGAUGGCUCGUUUUAAAGGCCAUAUUGUGAUAAUUAAGGACAGCAAAUCUCAAACUAUUCCGAAUUUUCUUUUUUGAGUAAGGCAGCUUUCUUGCAAAAAGACCCCACGGGUAGAAAAGUCCGAGUCAACCGGAUAUAUUGAUGUGGUUCAAGGCACAAGAGCGUCGUACAACAAAACUUCCGGUAUAUAAAACUACACUAACGUGGUACUGUAGCAUAAAUAAGGAAUCACUCAUGAAUCUUCAUAGGCCGCAGAAAAAACGGGAAAUCUUUUGUCUCCGUUAUUUUGGGUCACCCUGUAUUUAUAAUAUAAUAGUUAGGUCACCUUUAUUUUCAGCCCAUCCGUGUGGCCUUUUGUGACUUCAACGGUGUUCCAUUACCGGCAACGAUGCGGUUCGCUACGCCGGUCACCAACGUCUCAGCGGCAUAUCAGGAAUUUAAGAGUUUGACUUGUAACCGGACGUUAAGCAGGCCAAAUAAAUUGAUUUUCACAUGA